AUGAAGCACCAAACAUCAUCAUCAUCUCACUGAUCAAUCACCAAAAAGAAAUAGAAAGACAAUGGUAUCCAGAGAAAUGCUGAUCAUUAUCUCCGUUCUCGCCACUACCCUCAUCGAUAUAGCAGUAGCUACAGACCAUACCAUUGGUGGUCCUAGUGGUUGGACUGUUGGAGCUAAUCUUGGAACGUGGGCUGCAGGACAAACAUUUUCUGUCGGAGACAAUCUUGUUUUCGCUUACCCUUCUGCAUUCCACGACGUCGUUGAAGUCACAAAACCCGAAUUCGAUAGCUGCCAAGCGGUUAAACCACUUAUAACGUUCGCUAAUGGAAACUCCAUUGUUCCUCUCACUACUCCUGGAAAAAGGUACUUCAUUUGUGGAAUGCCUGGACAUUGUACCCAAGGGAUGAAACUCGAAGUAAACAUUCUUCCAACAGCAAAAGCAGCACCAACCGCACCGCUUCAAAACUCUGUCCCAUCUCUAAACGCGCCUUCACCUUCUUCUGUUCUACCGGUACAACCUCUUUUGCCUCUUAAUCCCAUCGCUCCUUCUUCUUCAACUCCGCUUCCUUCCUCCUCUCUGCCUCUUUUGCCAGCACAGCCACCGGCUCUUUCUCCGGCAGCUGCAGCUGGGACUUCUCUGCCGUUGUUCCCAGGUUCACCUGCAGCUAGCUCAAGCAGCACCACCACCAAAACCGUAGGGAGCUUCCCUUCUAGUGCUACCGGCACAACGGCUGAUCUUUCCGGCGCAGGAGCUCUUCCGGCUGACUCCUCCUCCUCCCUCUCUGGUAAAAGCUUUGUUUUGGGAUUCGGAUUUAUGGUAACUAUGAUGCUUCAUUUGUUCUAAGUGUUUGAGUAGAGAGAGUUUUGUUUGCUGAGGCUAUUGUUUGCGUCUACUUUGUUUUGGUUUAUAUGAGAAUAUGUAUUAAAUAUGUUGUUUUUGUAUGUGUUCUCCUCUGUAUUUCAACAUCUACCAUUGUGUAUCCGUUUCUUUCUCGAAUAUAAUAUUAUCACAAUUUAUA